UCUCACAACUGUUUCACAUUGCUAAAACUGAGAGCGGAGGAUAUUUUCAAUUUUCUUGGAAGAGCAAUGAUGCAAACAUACUAACCCCAUUGCUUGAAUAUAUUUUGCUGUACAUAUUUGUUUUGGAUCAACAGAAGCAUGUGCCCCUCUCAAUGGGGAGCGUAAAGAGUCCAGGCCCUGUGCUUUAACGGUGAAUAACGGGUUUUCCAGCGGAGACAGGACGGCGCAGGGUCGCGCGGCAGGACGCUGGACAUCAACACAUUAGCAAGCUAGCAUCUCAAAACAUCUGUGAAUUUGACAUCAUGGCCACAAAUGAAGACAGUUUAUCCACAGCGAUGGGUGAGAUUAUACAAUUGAACGUCGGUGGGACCAGGUUUUGCACUUCAAGACAAACUUUGAUGUGGAUACCAGACUCUUUCUUUUCAAGUUUACUAAGUGGAAGGAUAUCUACUCUUCGGGAUGAAACUGGAGCUAUCUUUAUUGACAGGGAUCCUACAGCUUUUGCACCUAUUCUCAAUUUUCUUCGAACCAAAGAACUGGACUUAAGGGGAGUUAACAUCAGCAUUUUGAGACAUGAAGCAGAAUUUUAUGGCAUAACACCAUUAGUUCGACGUCUGCAGUUGUGUGAGGAGCUGGACCGCUCGUCUUGUGGCAGCGUUCUUUUUCAUGGCUACCUGCCCCCUCCAGCCAUUCCAGCCCGCAAAUGCAGUGCUGCCCCGGCCACCUCUGAAGAACGCCCUGGUCCAAGUGGAGCUGAAGGGUUCGCACGCACUGGGCCAAUGUCUCAUCCCACUCUGAUGGGGGUCACAGGAGCAGAGGACUGCCUCACACUAGGUCCUGUAGUUGAUCCCAGAAAAGUCUUAAUUGUAGCCGGACACCACAACUGGAUUGUAGCUGCCUAUGCACACUUUGUCAUUUGCUACAGAAUUAAGGAGUCUUCAGGAUGGCAGCAAAUAUUUUCGUCCCCUUACCUCAAAUGGACCAUUGAGCGUAUUGCACUAAAUGCCAAAGUGGUGGGUGGUCCCCAUGGAGACAAGGACAAGAUGGUGGCUGCCGCCUCGGGAAGCAGCAUCAUCCUCUGGAGCAUCCAAGAUGGUGGGAGUGGAAAUGAGAUCGGGGUGUUUAGUUUGGGUGUACCUGUAGAUGAUCUGUUCUUCAUUGGGAAUCAGUUGGUAGCCACGAGCCACACAGGGAAGGUCGGAGUGUGGAAUGCAGUCACACAGCACUGGCAGGUUCAAGAUGUUGUUCCAAUCACAAGCUGUGACACUGCAGGUUCAUUCCUACUGCUGGGUUGCAACAAUGGCUCGAUUUACUAUAUAGACAUGCAGAAGUUUCCUUUGAGGAUGAAGGACAAUGAUCUUCUUGUGACAGAGCUUUAUCAUGAUGCGUCAAAUGAUGCUAUCACUGCUCUGUCUGUCUAUCUAACCCCCAAAACCAGUGUGAGUGGAAACUGGAUAGAGAUCGCCUACGGGACAAGCAGUGGGGCUGUGAGGGUGAUUGUGCAGCACCCAGAGACCGUCGGCUCUGGACCUCAGCUCUUUCAGACCUUCACUGUGCACAGGAGCCCAGUCACCAAGAUCAUGCUGUCAGAAAAACACCUGGUGUCUGUGUGUGCAGAUAACAACCAUGUCCGGACUUGGACAGUAACACGCUUCAGAGGCAUGAUCUCGACCCAGCCAGGCUCCACACCUCUGGCCUCAUUUAAAAUACUCUCUCUGGAGGAGACUGAGAGCCACGGCAGCUACUGCUCUGGGAACGAUAUUGGGCCAUUUGGGGAAAGAGAUGAUCAACAGGUUUUCAUUCAGAAGGUCAUCCCCAUCACCAACAAACUCUUUGUGAGGCUUUCGUCCACAGGAAAAAGAAUUUGUGAAAUUCAGUCUGUGGAUGGUACGACUAUCACCUGUUUUAUGGUACGAGAAUGUGAGGGCUCCAGUCGAAUGGGGUCACGACCUCGCCGUUAUCUUUUUACGGGACACGGCAACGGCAGCAUUCAGAUGUGGGACUUAACCACUGCAAUGGACACGGCCAACAAAGGAGAAGAGAAAAAGAAAGAGGAUGUAGGUGGUCCCACGGAAGAGGAGCUGCUGCAGUUGUUGGACCAGUGUGACCUGAGCACGUCUCGUUGUGCGACUCCGAACAUCAGCCCUGCCUCGUCUCUGCUUCACCCCACACGGCUGAGAGACUCCUGCUCCAGUCUUCAGUUACAAGCUCAGGAGCCGAUCCCUGAAAACCAGGCCACAUAUGGAGCUGUGAGACCGUACAGGGAAAGCCCUCUCUUAGCCCGCGCCAGACGAACAGAGUCCUUCAACAGUUACAGAGAAUUCCAAGACUUCAGCCUGAGUCGGGGCGUCCUGGACAGUGCAGCUCAGUCAUGUCCCGUUGAUGGUCGCCGGUCUCUGUGUGAGUUUGUGGCAGAGGAUGGCGAGCGGAGGCCCUCACAUGCGGAGCUCUGGGCUUCUCGAGGCUCCAGUUUAAAUAAAAACAGCCAGGAGUCUCCACGGCAACCUCCGGACAGCCCUGUGUUUGGGGGAGAUGUGCGCCGUAAAGUGUUGCCUCCGCCCACAGAGGACGAGGCAGCAGCGUCAGGGGGUGAUGUCACUAAAGCUGAGAGCAGCACCAAGAAGAGAGGGGUGUUGGAGGGGGGGUUUCUGGGGAGGAAGAAGGCCCCCCCAGUCCCUCAGCUGUCGCCUGUCCCAUCAGCUCCAGAGGCGGGGGGCAGCGACUCAUCUGCCACCGCAUCCCCUUCACCAACAAAACUGAGCUCAUCCACGUCGCCACGGCACCGAAAAAUGCCCUCAGACCCACCCAACCCCGACAGCUGCCAGUAGCCUUACUGUGUACAGGGGGCUGCGUUUUAGUUAAAAAUAACACUAAUGUGCAUAACAUCAUGUGUUUUCACUCAGUCUGACACCAGGUUUUGGAAUGUAAUUUACUUACCCGUUAUAGCAUGUUUCACAUUCAUUUUUCAAAAUAUAUUUUUCACCCAUAGAUUUUAUUUGACAGAACACAGCAGGAAAUGAGGGAAAGUAUGAGAGACAUACAUAAAACUGUGAGAGGUGGAACACGCUGCAGCUCUGAUCACUGAGCUACACACAGCAUGUAACCUAGGCCUUAACUUUUCAAAAAAUACUUUAUAGCAAUAGUAUAAUUAUAUAAUAUUGCAACUGCAAUUAUUUUUUCAAUGCAUGUUUUAAAAUGAAGAUUUAAUUCAAACGCACCUUUUAAACACAGCAUUAACUUAAGAGAAGACAGAAAUAUGAAUUACUAAACAACAAGAAUCCCAUGCAUUUCAGGGCAUGUUUGUGGAGGUGUAAACUCAGAUUAGCAGCAAGUCUUAUUCAUAAUAAGACUCUAUCACUACAUGGUAUUUUAUUACCUUAUAAAUCGUAGCUUUCGUUUGAAACCCUAUUGCUACUUAUAACGUAUAUAUUGAUGUGACGAAGCCUGUCUCUACUCCAAGAACAACUCACUGCUGGAAUGCAUGUUUGUUGUUUUUUCUUUUAGCUUUAUCUAACUUGUUGUGUCCUGAAACUGGAGCAUUUCCCAUUUGAGUUGAUGUUUACUUUUGUGUCUCUUUGGAGAUGUGGACCUGAUAGCAGAUGUUGAGGCAAAGCUUUAAAGAGAGGAGACGUUCAGUCAUGGUUUUGUUAGUGCUGUUUUCUUUAUGUAGAGCCUUAAGGACAGAUUGGUGUGUCCCGGCAGCUACUUGAAUUGAACCUUGUGAUCUGAAGUCCUGUGGCUAUUACUAGGAAGUUACUAUAUUGCAGCACUAUCAUUUUUCUGACUGGUCAUAGUUUAUUUUAAUCAAACGGUCAGUUGCAUUUGUUUGUGUUGUUGUUGAAAGUAACACUAUGGUGUAAAUGUUAUAUAUUGCAUAACUAAACAUACAUAAUUUAUGGGACCAGCAAUGUCAGCAGAUCUAAUUAAUCCGUCCUGUUGCUUUAGUAAAUAAGUUUGUGCCUUUUUGAGAUGCCGCAGUUUUUGGGUGAAAUGCAUUUUGAGACUUUCUUUAUGGUACCUGUUAUUUUGUUUUUGUUGUUAUUUGCAUGUUUUUGGUUCACUUUGAGUGCCUUAUAUUGCCUGGCCUGUAGUGAAGUUACUGAGUGUGACCAAAGAGAAAAGAAAGAGGAAAACAAGCUGAUAAAUGGACCUAGAGUUAUGUUACAUUUUACAUCAACUCUUAGAUUGUGUAAACUAGUAAAAAAAAAAGUUUUAAUACCAUUACUAUUAAUUAUUUUGUGGUGGGUGUUAAACUCAGUCCUUUUAACAGUUUUGCCAGGAAGGAAACUAUAUAUUUGAUGCCGAAACAGACUGAAACAUUAGUUUAUAUUUUAGCUUAAUUAGCUUUAUUUAUUUAAACAUUUAUAAUAUUGCUGCGCUUAUCAAAACAGAAUAUGUAUAUUGAAAAUAUUAUGUGACUAUAAAUAUAUUUGAGAUUGUUUUCAGGUGAUUGAACACUUUGGUACCUGCCUGCCAGCACAAAGAUGCACCUUGUAUAUGGAAACCACAUUAAUAUGACUAAUGUAAUGCUUUGUUCUGCUUUCAGUAACAUGCUAAUGGACCUAAUCAUAUUUGCACUAGCACUAUUAAUAUCAAGUAUAAAGGUAAUGUUUAUUUUCUAUUAAAUAUUAUAAUGUAUAUUUUUUCUGCAGAUUUGUUUUGCACGUGUUUCUCAGUCAUCUCUGUUCCUCUGGCUGCGUUUACAUUACAUUUAUGCCAGAUGCUCGUGAGCUACAAGAAAGGCAUUAUAAAACUGCCUCCAUUGUUGGUACUGUUACUGUUAUUCUGUGUAACUCUACAAAUAGCAUUGUUUACCAUUAUCUAAACUGAAUAUGUUACUGUCAUCAUUGUUAUUGAUCAUGCCAUUCAAGUAAACCAUUGCCUUUAAUAAGAUACGGUGCAUGUCGAUAAAAUAAAACACUAAAUAACUAAACAUGCUUAUUAUCAUUGACACUAUUACAUUGUAUGGCUCUAAAUUCAAUAAAACGUGUAGUUAAGU